AGACACGCGUGGUCGUGGAGGCGAACUUAGACUCACUGGAGACUCGAGGGAGACACUAGGGGAGAGACAGGGGAGACACGGAGGGAGACACUAGGGGAGAGACAAGAGACUGGUCACUCGAGACAUGAGCCGGAGACACUUAGGGGAAGACGAGACGCAUUGAGACGCACGUGGGAUCGCAGAGACACGGGGCUGGAGACACGCGGAGACACGCAGACACAACCAGGAGGCGAGCUGGUGGAGGGGAGACACGGGGAGAGAGAGAGACACCGGGAGAGAGACACGGGGAGAGAGACACACGGGGAGAGAGACACGGGGAGAGAGACACGGGGAGAGAGACACGGGGAGAGAGACACGGGGAGAGAGACACGCGGAGAGAGACACGCGGAGAGAGACACACGGGAGAGACACGUGGAGAGAGACACACGUGGAGAGAGACACACGUGGAGAGAGACACACGUGGAGAGAGACACACGUGGAGAGAGACACACGUGGAGAGAGACACGUGGAGAGACACACGGGGAGAGAGACACGGGGGGCGGGAGUCACGACACCGUUAUGUCCGCCUCCGCUGUGUUCAUCCUGGACCUCAAGGGGAAGGUGCUCAUCUGUCGCAACUACCGCGGCGAUGUGGAGAUGUCGGAGAUCGAGCACUUUCUGCCGGCGCUGAUGGAGCGCGAGGAGGAGGGGAUGGUGUCGCCGGUGCUGGCUCACGGGCCCGUACGCUUCCUGUGGAUCAAGCACAACAACCUCUACCUUGUGGCCACCUCCAAGAAGAAUGCCAAUGUUGCCCUCGUGUUUGCCUUCCUUUACAAGAUGGUCCAGGUCUUCUGUGAGUACUUCAAGGAGUUGGAAGAGGAGAGCAUCCGGGACAACUUUGUCAUCAUCUACGAGCUCAUGGACGAGGUCAUGGACUUUGGUUUCCCCCAGACGACGGACAGCAGGAUUCUGCAAGAGUACAUCACUCAGGAGGGGCACAAGCUGGAGGUCGGGGCCCCGCAGCUCCCCGCGACCGUCACUAACGCGGUGUCGUGGCGGUCGGAGGGGAUCAAGUACCGCAAGAACGAGGUCUUCCUGGACGUCAUCGAGUCCGUUAAUCUGCUGGUGAGCGCCAACGGCAAUGUGCUGCGGAGCGAGAUCGUGGGCUGCAUCAAGAUGCGCGUGUUCCUGUCGGGCAUGCCCGAGUUGCGUCUGGGACUCAAUGACAAAGUCCUCUUUGAAAAUACCGGACGGGGAAAGAGCAAGUCGGUGGAGCUGGAAGACGUGAAGUUCCACCAGUGCGUUCGGUUGUCACGCUUUGAGAACGACCGCACCAUCUCCUUCAUCCCUCCCGACGGCGAGUUUGAGCUCAUGAGCUACCGCCUCAACACGCACGUAAAACCGCUCAUCUGGAUAGAGUCCGUGAUUGAGAAACACUCGCACAGUCGCGUGGAGAUCAUGAUCAAGGCCAAGAGCCAGUUCAAGCGGCGCUCGACGGCGAGCAAUGUGGAGAUCCAGAUCCCCGUUCCCAACGACGCAGAUUCGCCCAAGUUCAAGACCAGUGUGGGAACCAUCAAGUGGGUCCCUGAGACCAGCUCCAUCCUCUGGUCCGUCAAGUCCUUCCCGGGCGGUAAGGAGUUCCUGAUGCGUGCUCACUUCGGCCUCCCGAGCGUUGAGAGCGAGGUGCAGGAGGGGAAGCCGCCCAUCACGGUCAAGUUCGAGAUCCCAUACUUCACCACGUCGGGCAUACAGGUGCGAUACCUGAAGAUCAUCGAAAAGAGUGGGUACCAGGCCCUGCCGUGGGUGCGCUACAUCACGCAAAACGGAGACUACCAGCUCCGGACCAACUGAGGCACCGGAGUUUCCCGGUUUCGCUGGCUCCCGUUUGCGACGCCGACAACGGAGGGUGCCGCCAGACGCGCCUCUACGUCGGUGGUCGGUCGGUGGCGACGGACACACCGGUCCUUCCACUCCCCCAGCACCAGCUCCUCCCUCCGCCUCACCGCUUUUCCAAACCGCCCGUCCAUCCGUCCGUCCGUCCGUCAACUCGUCAGCACCCGCGCCCAGGAGCUGCCGUGACGGUCCCGGUCGCCCGUGCCGCUUGCUUGCCACCGUGUGGCUCCCUGCGGAUGCUUCUCGUCUGCCGGGGAUGAGCGAGGCAAAGCUGCUCCUGUGCACCCCUCCCCCCCCCCCCCCCCAUCAGCCCGUUCCGGUACUGCCACGAGUUCAGGCCCACGUCCCGACGGCGGUCGUCGUAGCUCUGUCCCCGAAGGUCGGAGUCGCCAGACAAACCCGCACCUCUCACUCCAUGCCGGGUCUCGUUUAAGGUGCCGUACUUGCCCCCCAAAUGUAUUGCCGGACGUAUUGAGCUACCGUCUCUGUGGGAUGCCGGCGACCGUGGUCUUGCGCCGCAGGGCGACGACCGGAUUUCGUUGAUUGUCACCGGAAAUGUGGAAUCUUCACGCGACCAGCUAGAGGUGUGAGCGCUGCCCAACAAAAUGAAUUUCUUUGUCUCUGUUAUCAUGAUGAUGACGAUGAUAAUGUUGUGGCUGUGCGAGACAGGUCGGGGUUUAUUGACACGAGCACCUGGGCUGGUCGUGCGAUCUCGAGUGGCACGGGGUAGCUUCCUAAUUCAGGCGGUCAGCGUCUCGCCAAGACCACCUUGACUCCAUGGGCCAGGCCAGAGCGGAAUUGGGUACCAGUAGAGGUGGAAAAUAUUCGGUGAUAUCCAGAUCUUUACAUGGUUAAUAACGACGGAUUGUGUAAUAACGUCGUACUUGGUACACGGGGCUAUUGCAUCAUUCACUUUUAUUGGCCAUUUAAAGAUGUUGGUCCAACUCUAGCUUAACCAUCCACAGACGGCACCAUUAUUAUAAUUAUCGUUUCGUUUGUUUACCCAGGAAAGCCUCACCGAGUCUCAGGACGCUUUUUUUUUCAAGAGGGUCCUUGACAAGGUUUCAAAGUUGGGGGCGACGUUGCUGCUGCUACUGCGUUGUGUAGCCUCAAUUGAGUAAUUUAUCAGCAUUGCGAUGUUUGGAUCAAAUCAGUUACAUUGGAUGUCUUUUUUUUUCUUAGCUACGGGAGGAAACCAGAGAACAUGGAGGGAAACCCCAUGCAUAACGGGGGGAGUAGACAAAAUAACUCCUAAAAACUCCAAACCUGUGUCGGGAAUCGAACCCAAGUCUUACCACUGCGCCACCCUACGAAUCUUGUACGAACAGGUGAAAUAUUCGGUUUGGGCCCAUGGACUACUUUUGCCCCUCCCCCCAUCCCCCACGUCUUGCUGUGAAACUCACCUUGCCAAUGAAGUGUGCGUGUGUGUGUAGCAACACAAUGGCCACCGAUCUGUGUGUGUGUGCGUGUGGGUCUCUGAGCCACGGUCGACCUGUGUGUGCGUGCGAGUUGGUCAUCGUCUUCCCCAUUUAAGUGUUGUCCUUGUUGCAGUUACUGAGUAAAAAGUGUAAAAUGUUGUAGCAGGCAGUUGAAGGGAAACCCCCCGAUACCGCCAUGGAAUCAGUAUUGUUGCGUAGAAUUCGUUGAUCGUUUUCGAGAGACCUGAUUGCGGGUUUAUCCCGCCCAGGGUUCUUCUGUUUAUUUUUAUUUUAUUUAACUUUGUACGGAAAAACGAAGGCUUAACUUUUUACGCCGAGCUUCGUCCCGUUGUCCGUCGCACGGAGAUGAUGUUACAUUUCAUACGGGCCGGUGAAAGUGUUUUUCGAUUCGAGCGGCUCGCAACAGCGCGUGGAAGUACGCGCCGUUUUAACGAUCCGCCGAAACAACAUUGCCAAUCAAUACCGCAGUAAUGAACCUAUCGGUUGAGCGCGAGGUGUCGGGCCAAACCUUUGAGCCAUGCCGUUACAGCCUCGCGUGCCGGCUGUGGCGUGUACCGUAUGCUAAACCAUUGCGCGUUGCUCUUGCCGCAUUAGAAGGGAUGUCUGUCUGCUCGUUUGCACAGCGACGACAAGGGUGGUGGAGGGGUGGUAAUUUUCCCCGCGUGGUCCCUAUCGAUUUAAUAAUCUCGUGGAUUCUGACGCUUGCUGCAACGCGCAUCGGUUCGUUCGCGUAAGCAUCGAUCGUUUACAGUUCGCGCACAUCGUUUUUUCUUCUUCUGUCACGGGGCUUAAUUUCUUUUGAAAUUUUUGCGUGAACCUAUCCGCCGCAGCGAUGCACAUCAUGCAUGUGGUGUGCUAGGUGCGGGGAUAUUUCCCGGGUUUCCGACACGCUGGGCAGACCAGGCUAAAAUUAAAAGCCUGUAUCUGCCACCCAUCACUCUUUGAGGGGGGAGAGGUGGGGUGUAGUGAAGAGAGAGCACUGUACAAAAGAAAUGCCGACAAACAAACAAAAACCGAGACAAAUGCUCAUUUCCAUCGUUGAAAUGCAACGGCGUUGCUCGCGAAACAGUUGCACCAUUCGCCAAGGGCUUCGCACAAACAUCGCGUGGUUUCACGGCUCCUUUCAAGGGAAACGAUCAAUAACCAAAACAGCUCCUCUCUUCUUCUUGUUUCUUUCGGUAAAGUCACGUGACUUUACCGAAAGAACCAAGAAGAUGAAUCCCUGCAGUCACGAAAGCUUUAAAUCGAAAUCUCCUAUCUUGCCGUUACGCAACUUUGGCGGCUUUGUGCCCCUGGGGUGCGCGACACGUGCGUCUUGAAGCAAGAGUGUUGAGAAAGCGUAAUUUUACACGGCCUUGGAGGAACGUGUUCCAGGAACGUGUCUACGGCGGCGUAUUUAACAAGCGUGGAAAUUACGCCGCGCCAAGUCUUCUCUUGCCGGGAAUUUGGUGUUUUGCCCGAUCUCGUCAGAUCUCAGAAGCCGAGCAGGUUUUGAGCCUGGAUAGUGCUUUUGGGGGCGAUCGCCACGCAAGUUGGGCUUUGCCGGUUUACGUAGCGGCAAGCAGCAAAAGGGCAGUGCAACAAAAUCCAUUUGCUGUGCUGUACUUCUAUGCUCUCACACUUGUACGUUCCGCCUUCACCAACUCCGCUCUGACCAGCGUGAUGACGUACGGUCGGACAACAACCCGUCCACCAUCCGCGUGGCGUGCGGGCGGAGGAGGCUUUGAACCAACAGUGGGUUGAUUUAAAAGAGGUGGGCCUUAAAUGUGCGUGGAAGGGAAGGCGCUCCGGUGCCAACAGCAUUGGUGACGUACCGACAAGCGCGUGGGGAGCGUUGGUGACGUACCGACAAGCGUGGGGAGCGUUCCGCCAUCGUCAGUGUUGCUAACUCUGGCGACGUGAAACAAAUAUAAACUUUUCUUCUUGGUUCUUUCGGUAAAGUCACGUAGAAGGGAAAUAAAAAAAUAAUAAAAACAAAACAUAAUAAAAUAAUUCUCACGACGUUUCGGCCACAACGCAAGCAGCCGUCCUCAGGUUUUGAACAGGUCUAUCGGGAAGACAGCGUUAUUUUUUUAUUAUUUUUUUAUUUCCCUUCUACGUGACUUUACCGAAAGAACCAAGAAGAUGAAUCCCUGCAGUCACGAAAGCUUUAAAUCGAAAUAUAAACUCUAGCGAAGUAUUUUUUAUUCGCCCAUUUAACAAAGCUUCAGAUUUGCAUCAAACAGCCGGACACACUGCCUCUCUCUCUGUGUUUUCAUUACGAGAUAAGAACAGGUUUUUGUUGUUGUUGUCUUUCGCGACUUAAGUUCAGGGCUGACCACGUGAGGCUGUGGGUGACGUCCUAGCAACGUUCACAUGAGGAGAGACACCACAGGGCUCUGAGGUUUCUACACUUUCUGUACAAAAAAAACUUGAGCUAUUUACAUUCCAUUCGCGCGACCAAGGCGAAGAGAUUUCCAUUCGGAACCCUCAUAGAAAGUGGUGUGACGUCACCCCACCCCUUCCCCGCCCUACAGAAUGCAUUGUGACGUCACCACCAGCUUCCCCGUUGUUAAAGAACGGCCACCGGAAGAUGACAUCACAGAACUGCUGCCGAGGUCACUUCGAUUGCAUUUGCGUCUUAAACAUAUCAAGUUGUGCACCCUCGCAUGCCCCUGCUGUGGAAGUGAACCGGACGAUAUAAAAUCCCCGCCUAUCUUUACCUACGGGCCAAUCGGCGAUGAUGAUGAUGUCGUAUAUGGCUUGACGCCCUGAUUCCAUCGUUUUUAUUAUUUACAUUUCAUCGGUAGGAGACGUCGCAGGAAGUGAUGCCGCUUGGCUCGAUGCUCUCUGCUCGUCUCACGAGAGAUGCUGAAGGACGAUGAUCGGAGUGGCCCUUCCGUUUGACAACGGGGUGAAGGCCGGGGCUGCGAGUGUGUCGCCGCAUUCGUACGAAUGGCUUCGUGAACACCGGCUCAAGACAAUAUCGUUUCCAAUUUUUGAAUGUCUACAUAUCUCACUUCUCCCCCCACCUCCGUCUUUUUAUGAACGUGCCUGUAGAUGAACUUUUUCAUUUUGGAGAAGAUCUUUUGAUGUUACAUCGCCGUUUACAUGAGAAAAUAAGUCGGUUUAAAUAACAGAAUAAGCCACCUCCAUGCAACAUUUUGAGAAAUAAUUAUAACCGGGUUUAUUUUAACUGGGUUUCUAAAUCUACCCCCCCCCCCCCACAUCCGUCCAUCCUGCAGGAUGAUUGGGUGGCACCACAGUCGAUCGGCAGCAGCAGGUCGUGUGUUGGUGGGAGGUUAAGUGUGGGUACUCCCAUCUCUUCAAAUGUGUCUGGCCCGCGUGGAUGAGUCGACCAGAUACCCUCUAUGGAAGGGCUUGACUUGAAGGCCCUCUCGUGGUAGGCCCUGACCGCGAGUGGCACAGACGAGCAAUGCCAGGGCUGCACCGUUGACGUUACACAUCUGGGGUCCUGAACCGUGCCUGCUACGUGCCACGUGUAUAGCUUCACUGACGGUGGGACCCCAGGCCUGCACCAUUGCUUGUCUCUUACAAACUGAAACGCAUAUUUUUGUUGUUGUUGUUGUAACUCUGGCCGACGAAAGCAUUUUGCCCAACUGGAAAGUCAUUGACGCGCGCAGUGCAGUACUGAACAGGAGUACUGAAAAUAAAUGUCUGUGCUUUGUUUUGGCCGCAUUAUUCUGUUGUUGUUGCUGUUACAGUUUGUCUCUCGCUUGUUUGUUUUUUGGACAUCCCUGUCACUCGGUGACUUUGACUGACUAUUUGACGAGGGUGACAUUUUCGAGAAGACUCGAGCAGAACUUGAGAUUUCGGGGCGAUUUGUGACCGCUCUCUCUAGAGACGCGGGGGGGGGGGGGGGGGCGCGUGACGGCGAUCGAUGCGAGCGGUGACAUUGUCCGCUAAUUGGAUUCCACCUCGAGUGGGUCAUCCCGAAAGGUCAACCGUACGCGGCGUUCGUUUCCAACUCCUUGUCGGGAGAUUUCUUCGCCUGGCUGUUUUGACCGAUUUAACCCGCGGACGACACGACGCGGUACAACGCCGCGCGUCUCUGUGUCACUUGUCCGCCCUCGCCAAUUAACCGCCCCUAGCUCAACGCGGUAAUUGGAUGCAGUGUCACCGUCAUUUUCCAUAGGCGUUUGCAGAUCUGGCAUUUUCAUGCGCAGUGAUAUGGAUUGUUAAUAUCGCGUGCAUUUGUUGAAACGAAUUAAAAGCAUUUCCCCCCCUCCUCCCACGUUUUAAAGCGGUUUUUAAUUUCAUUCCUGUGCAGUCACCUCCCUAGUCCUGGUUUGCCCGUUGCAUAUUGACGCUCACAUAUCCGACCAUAAAUUUCGAUUUAAAGCUUUCGUGACUGCAGGGAUUAAUCUUCUUGGUUC